GGGGCCGCGGGAGGAGGGGAGGCGCCGGGGGCGCGCGCGCGCGCUGGGCGCUGCUGGGCUGCGGCGGCGGCGGCGGCGGCGGUUACUAUGGCGGAGUCGGCCGGAGCCUCCUCCUUCUUCCCCCUUGUUGUCCUCCUGCUCGCCGGCAGCAGCGGGGCCGGGCCCCGGGGUAUCCAGGCUCUGCUGUGUGCGUGCACCAGCUGCCUACAGGCCAACUACACGUGUGAAACAGAUGGGGCCUGCAUGGUCUCCAUUUUCAACCUGGAUGGGAUGGAGCACCACGUGCGCACCUGCAUCCCCAAAGUGGAGCUGGUCCCCGCCGGGAAGCCCUUCUACUGCCUGAGCUCCGAAGACCUGCGUAACACCCACUGCUGCUACACUGACUUCUGCAACAGGAUCGACCUGAGGGUGCCCAGUGGUCACCUCAAGGAGCCUGAGCACCCUUCCAUGUGGGGCCCCGUGGAGCUGGUAGGCAUUAUUGCCGGCCCGGUGUUCCUCCUGUUUCUCAUCAUCAUCAUUGUUUUCCUUGUCAUUAACUAUCAUCAGCGCGUCUAUCACAACCGCCAGAGACUGGACAUGGAAGAUCCCUCAUGUGAGAUGUGUCUCUCCAAGGACAAGACGCUCCAGGAUCUCGUCUACGAUCUCUCCACGUCAGGGUCUGGCUCAGGGUUGCCCCUUUUUGUCCAGCGCACAGUGGCCCGAACCAUCGUCUUACAGGAGAUCAUUGGCAAGGGCCGGUUCGGAGAAGUGUGGCGCGGCCGCUGGAGGGGUGGUGACGUGGCUGUGAAGAUCUUCUCUUCUCGUGAAGAGCGGUCUUGGUUCCGGGAAGCCGAGAUAUACCAGACGGUCAUGCUGCGCCACGAAAACAUCCUUGGCUUCAUCGCUGCCGACAACAAAGAUAAUGGCACCUGGACACAGCUGUGGCUCGUCUCGGACUAUCAUGAGCACGGCUCCCUGUUCGAUUAUCUCAACCGGUACACCGUGACGAUUGAGGGCAUGAUUAAGCUGGCCUUGUCUGCUGCCAGUGGGCUGGCGCACCUGCACAUGGAGAUCGUGGGUACCCAAGGGAAGCCUGGAAUUGCUCAUCGAGACUUGAAGUCAAAGAACAUCCUGGUGAAGAAAAACGGCAUGUGCGCCAUCGCAGACCUGGGCCUGGCUGUCCGUCAUGACGCGGUCACCGACACCAUUGACAUUGCCCCAAACCAGAGGGUGGGAACCAAACGAUACAUGGCCCCUGAAGUGCUCGACGAAACCAUCAACACGAAGCACUUCGACUCCUUCAAGUGUGCGGAUAUCUACGCCCUCGGGCUCGUCUAUUGGGAGAUUGCACGAAGAUGCAAUUCUGGAGGAGUCCACGAAGAAUAUCAGCUGCCAUAUUACGACUUAGUGCCCUCUGACCCUUCCAUUGAGGAAAUGCGAAAGGUCGUAUGUGACCAGAAGCUCCGUCCCAACAUCCCCAACUGGUGGCAGAGUUACGAGGCUUUACGGGUGAUGGGGAAGAUGAUGCGAGAGUGUUGGUACGCCAACGGUGCAGCCCGCCUGACCGCUCUGCGCAUCAAGAAGACCCUCUCACAGCUCAGCGUGCAGGAAGAUGUGAAGAUCUAACCUGCUCCCCUCGCAUACACGCAACCCUGGGCAGCGAGAACGACACACAGCUGCCAUGUUGAGCGUACGAUGGAGGCCUACCUCUCGUUUCUGCCCAGCCCUCUGUGGCCAGGAGCGCUGGCCCGCAAGAGGGACAGAGCCCGGGAGACUCGCUCACUCCCAUGUUGGGUUUGAGACACAGACAUCUUUUUUAUUUACCUCCUAAUGGCAUGGAGACUCUGAGAGGGGAUGGUGUGGAGAACUCGAUGCCACGACUUGAACUGGUCGUAGUGGGAAGUCCCGCAAAACCUGGUGCAUCUGGCCUGUAGCCAGGAGUGGUGACGGGUGGCCGGGAGGCCCCAGGGGAAGCUGAGUGUUGCCAGUGCUGAGCAGCACCGAGCGUGUUCCUCUGGGGACCGAGCCCAGCACACCGAGGUGGCCCAGAGGAACCGGAAGUACAGCCUUACUCACAGGUAGCCCUGGGCCGCGUGCUGCCCUCCCUCACACGGAUGUCUGGAGGGACUGCCAGUGGAGACGGACUCUUCCACCUGUCUGUCCAGCCGUGUGUGCAUGUGCUGAGGUGCGUCCCUGUUGUGCCUGGUCCGUGCCAUGCCCUUACACGUGUGUGUGUGUGUCUGUGUGUGUAGGUGCGUACUACCUGCUUGAGCUUUCUGUGCAUGUGCAGGUCAGGAGUGUGGUUGUCAAGCCGUCUCUGCGUGCUGGUGCCUCUGUUCAGUAACGAGCAGCGUCUGGUUUCCCUGGGGCCCCUCCCCGCCCCGGAACCCCCAGGCCACUGUGGAAGUCCCUUCCCAGGAGCCUGCUCUGCCUGCCCCUGUUGACACAGCUCUCCUUCUCCAUUUCAGACCAUGGAACCAAAGCUGGCCCAGUUGUCCAUGGCAGGCCAGGCUUUGGGGUCCACAUGUGAGGGAGGGAGGUGGGACGGGCAGGGAAAGAAUCUUGGGGGAAGUCUUGGGUGUUGUGGUCAGUAGCAACCAUGGGAAGUGAGCCAGCCCAAGGGCAUCGUCUUCAACAGCAUCAAGGAAGGGCCAAGGAAUUUGAAGCCCAGAUCUGGGAACUCAGAUUGGAAUGUCACAUCUGUCUUUCAUAUCCCAGAUUCUGGAAACAGCAGUGUAUAUUUUUGGUGGUGGUGGGUUUAGGGUGGGGAAGGGAAAGGGGGGCAGGAGUGGGAGGGAGUAGGGUGGGGGGAGGCGUCUGCAUGGGUCUUUUCCUGGAUUAUCUGGUCAUGGUGGAGGGAAGAUGUGAGACUUGCGUCCACUGCAGGGGCCCUGCUAAAGGCACAGCCCGAGCUGAACCUGUUACUUAACCUGAGCGUGGUGUUUAACGACGUCAAGAAGCGCGGCGGGUGGCAGUUUGGUCAGUGUACCUUAGGUAUAUGAUAACUUUGAAGCCAUAACUUUUAACUGGAGUGGUUUGGUUUUUUGUGUUCUUUUUGGUUUUUGUUGUUUUUUUUUUUUUAAAUUUUAUUGGGAGGGUCUGGAUUUUAACUUUUUUUAAUGUUAAGUUUUUAUAAAAGGAGAACCAUCUCUGUGUGAUGAUUACCUUUCAAUCUAUUCGUUUUUAAAGAAAUCCCGAUAAAAACAACCACAAAAAAACGCUCCAAUCAAAUGCACGUAGCUCAGUCACACUGGAAGCAUCUGUCCCUGAGCCUGCCCCUCGGCGGUGACAUCUCUCUCUGCCCUGGGGUCUGCCUCCACCCGCUCCUCGAGUGGUUCUGCCCUCAUCCUAGCCUUCUGUGCGUUGCGCAGCGGGUUGCACCUUCUCCUCCAGGCUUUUAUUCAGCGAAUGUUUGCUGAGUGCCUGUUGGGUGCCAGGCACGGUGCAGCCGCUGGAAGACGUGUGGGAGCAGGACAGCCGUGGGUCCCGCUCCUGGACCCCUGAAGAAGGAGCUGAUCUGAGGUGGGGGGGUGCCUGCUUUGAGACCCCAAGUUUUCUUAGUCGGUUCCGAGAGCCUUUUGCGCCUGGAGUGAUUGCUCUUAUAGAAGCCCACCGAGGAGCGGGGACACCCGCCCCCCUCCACCAAAGAAACCGUGGGCAGUGAGACCCCAAUCCUGGCAUUCAUUCUGAGCCCCCUUCCUGCCCCCAGGGAGGCACAGUCUGUCUGCAGCCUCAGAGCACCCCCACCCCCAGCCCAGCAAGCCUCUGCCAAAGGUUGAGGAGGGCAGCACUCUCCCUGCUCUCACCGUCUCCCCGUGCUGCCUCGCUAUUUAUUUUCCUGGUGAAUUGCUUCUGUCCUUGCAUUAGAGGACAUCGUCCCCUAAUCCUUUGGGCCAAUUUACUGGCUACUGACUAAUUUCCCUUGAACACCAAUUGUGUCAUUGGGGGACCUUCUUUCCCCACCCCUGCUGACGCCUCUCCUAUCCGCCCUGCAGCAGAACCUGGUGGGUUUAGGUGAUAAUGGAAUUUAGACUCCUGCCCCAGUCACAACCAGCCUCUGGGAUCUGCCAACACUCCUGGACCAGGGAGUCCCAAGCCACUGGCCCACUCCCCAGGUGGCCCUUCUGUCCUCCCCACACACGCAGUCUAGCUCCUCCACCUCUGGGGAAGACUGAGCAGUUUUUUGGGAAGCUCCCGCCCCCACCCCUGCCACUCUUAACAUCAAAAGUUAGGAGUUAGAGAGUUGGGGAGAAACUUAAGCCUAAAGCCGUGGUUUUUGGCCCCUUGAGGCCAACCCUGAUCCAUAGGGCUACCUGCUCCUCUGGAUUCACAGACCAAGUCCAAGCCCGUUCUUAACGUCGCCAUCAAGGCCCCCGAACGGCAUUCUCGGUACUUCUGUUUGUUUUGUACAUUUUAUUAGAAAGGACUGUAAAAUAGCCACUUAGACACUUUACCUCUUCAGUAUGCAAAUGUAAAUAAGUUGUAAUAUAGGAAAUUUUUUGUUUUAAUAUAAGAAUGAGCCUGUCCAAUUUCUGCUGUACAUUAUUAAAGUUUUAUUCACAGAG